AUGGCGGAUGUCGACUUGAAUAUCGAUAACCUGAUACAGAGAUUGCUGGAAGUAUACCACACGCAGAAAGACCAGGUUCAGAAGAAAGCCAAGCUAAAAGAUAUUUUCUCGUCGGACUUUGUCGUCAGAGGAUGUCGACCGGGCAAGACUGUUAUCAUGACGGAGGCCGAGGUGCGUGGCCUCUGUCUGAAGUCGCGGGAGAUUUUCCUGCAGCAACCGAUCCUGCUGGAGUUGGAGGCGCCGCUUAAGAUCUGCGGCGACAUACACGGCCAAUACACCGAUCUGCUGCGGCUCUUCGAGUACGGCGGCUUUCCGCCCGAAGCGAACUACCUGUUCCUGGGCGACUACGUUGACCGAGGGAAGCAGUCGUUGGAGACGAUAUGCCUCCUAUUGGCAUAUAAAAUCAAGUAUCCGGAGAACUUCUUCCUGCUACGCGGCAAUCACGAGUGCGCCAGCAUAAACAGGAUAUAUGGCUUUUACGACGAGUGCAAGCGACGGUAUAACAUCAAGCUCUGGAAGACCUUUACGGACUGCUUUAACUGCUUGCCGAUCGCCGCGAUCAUCGACGAGAAAAUCUUCUGUUGCCAUGGCGGGCUCAGUCCUGACUUGCAGGGAAUGGAGCAAAUCAGAAGAAUCAUGCGUCCAACCGAUGUACCUGAUACCGGUCUCCUCUGUGAUCUCUUAUGGUCUGAUCCUGAUAAAGACGUUCAGGGUUGGGGCGAAAACGAUAGAGGAGUCUCGUUCACAUUCGGUCCAGACGUCGUGUCGAAGUUCCUGAAUCGUCACGAUAUGGAUCUCAUAUGCAGGGCACAUCAAGUGGUCGAAGAUGGCUAUGAGUUCUUCGCCAAGCGACAACUCGUCACACUUUUCUCCGCGCCAAACUACUGCGGGGAAUUCGAUAAUGCCGGUGGAAUGAUGAGCGUUGACGAAACAUUGAUGUGCAGUUUCCAGAUUUUGAAACCGUCAGAGAAGAAAGCGAAAUACCAAUAUGGAGGAAUGAACACGGGUCAAACAGGUAGACCAUCUACACCACAAAGGAAUCCAGCGAAAAAGAAAUGACAACCUUCAACCGAACCUGCACAGCAACAAACGCGAUUAUCCUUAAUGGAGGCUAUCAUGCUAGGUAAAUCUGCUUUAUGCUUGUCAAAGCUUACUUAAUCGCAUUAGCUGACCACUUAUGUGCAUUAUUACGAGUCUAUUUCCCAUCGAUUAUCAGUUAAACAGAAAAAGAGAAAACAGAAAAAAAAAUGAAAGGAGAGCGGAAGAAAGCGACAUGUAAGACGUUACUCGAUGUAUUUAAGUUCGCGCAAUGGUUCGCCGAUGAUUUAGAUGUAAUAUUUAGCACGCGACGUUUCCAACACAUGUACAUGCACUCCGGGACGGACACGAUUUAAGUGGACGUGAUUUACGGGGCAAAAAUAUGUUAUAUGGAUUUAUUUACUCGGACACACAUGGGCUGUUAAAAAUCCCAAAGCUUUUAUAGCCGACGCGCUUGUCGAAGAUAUCGAGAUGCCUCGGAUGCCUAUGUAUCUGAUCUAGCCUUUGAUUUUCAUGUGUUUCAGCUCGAAGACGUCGAGAUACAGAAUUAACCUAAUCUGAUAAACAUAAACCUUAAAAAAGAAUAUGUAAGAUUUACCUCUCCCUCAAUUGCAUUCUAAUGAGAUAAGAGAUAUAAACAAUUCGCGGUGAAUCAAGUUUCGAUUAUCAUCGUACUUGACGAAGGAUCGCUCUCAGAAUUUCGCGGCAAUUAUAUCUUGCGUCAAACGAAAUAAUCCUUCGCAAAGCUAGCGUUCUUUAAAAAGCAUUUUGUCAUUCUCAUUUGUAUUUAUUGCUUCCACUGUUGAUGUUGAGUGUAAUUAUGAGACUCGCUGUUAUUAUUAAUAUUAUUUUUAUUUUUAAUAGUAUUUUUAUCAUUGCUUUAGCAGCUAAUUUAAAUGUCAUCGUUUCAUGAGAGAUGCUGCGCAUGUAUAUAGAUAGAUAUAUAUAUAUAUAUACAUAUAUAUAUUUUUGACCAUUAAUUUUUUUUUCUUAAACCAUUACCCAUUACGAAUUUAAUUAUGUCGUCAUGUGCAGUAUUCCGAGCGUGGUAGUGACUGCACGUUCCAGAGAUAUGUCGUAGACGAAUUAGGUUGUUUAUUCUCGGGCGAUGAAUCCGGAGAGAAACACAAAGAACUAGUAUUUUUAAGGUAAAUGCUAAUGAUUUCGCCUUUAUUCGAAGGAUACUAGAAGAAGGGGGGGAUCGUGAAGAAGAAAAAAAACGAGGAUACGUCGCAUUGUAUAUACAGGGGAAAACAUGUUUGGAUGCAGAAUCUCGGCUUUUUACGUUCACGAUGAAAGCGAACGCGAGUGCAUUGUUAUUUGAUUUAUCGCAUAUUGUAAAGAUUAUUUUGAAUCGCGCGAACUUCAGUACUGAUUUUACAGACCUUUGUGUUUGGAUUUCAUAAGUUGAAAUUUAUUACAUUAUAUAUGUUUAUGCUUAUAUGUUUUAGACGUAAGAUAUAUUCACGUGCUAGGAUAAAGCUCAUAAAUUUUUGAACAGGAAAACAUACGAUGGCAAAUUGCAUUUAAGCGUUUGGUGCAUUUAUUUAAAUUGUAUGAUAUGUUUACUUAGCUUUUCGUUCUUUUCGUUUUUUUUUUUUAAUUGAUUAUUCAAGUGUUUCCCGUAAUGCUGAUGGAUUCGUCGCUGUAGAAAUCGCUUGGAUAAUACGAUUGUUUUACUUUUAACCGCAUUAAUAUUUCCUCGCUGUGCUUUUAUAAGCGGCAUUGUAUUACUUGCGAUCGUCCACGCAGCAGAAAUCUGCCUGAAAGAUGUGCGUUUCGACCAAAAUUGCAGAAUAUUAUUAUAUCCUAUACAUGCAGGAAUUUUAGGAAUUACUCAUGUACAAAGAAGGCUGCUGUCCUCUACGGAAGUAGCGACUGAUUAAAUAUAAUAUAUGAAAUUGUAUUAAUAGCGAAGAUAUUUUUUCCUAAUACUACACAGUUGUGUUUUUCAAGAAAUUUAAUAUUUAAUAUUGGCAUAAAUAUUCAUGAAUACAACCAAUAAAUGUAUACGAAAUUAACGAGGCAUCGAUAAAGCGCAUUUCUCGACAAUUAAAUGCAGACUAGCGAUUAAUGAGAUGUCGUGUGAACUAUUAUAAUUGAGGAGACGAUCCGGAAACACGAAGAUCGUACAUCAAAACUGAAAACUCACCCCGAAGCAGAGAUCAAUCAAACAAAGUGAGCCUUUUCGUGCUAUAGCGACGCCACGAUUGGUUUUCACAUUCUUAUGCUAUGGUUUUACUCAAUGGUUACACAUUAUUUAAUUGUUAUUUAACAUUAUCAGAUAGCGUUUGACAAAGUUAUUUAUUGUUUGUACGAGAGAGAUGCAGUGCAAAUUUGUUAUGUAUUAGAAUUGGAGCCGACGAAACGGAAGGUGUCCUUCUCACCUCUUCCCUCCCUGCGUUUCUCUCCCAAUCUCCCCCAAAAAAGAAACGCAAGAUUAAUUAUUGUCAAAGGAGCGGUUGUGAUCCCUUGAUAUGUGCGUUCUUUUUGUCCGAGAUUCAUAUAUUAUAUACAGAUAUUAUAUUUGUAAAGGGUUUGACCGGUCGCGAUUCGACGAUACUUUAUAUUAAAUAAAUAAUUAAAUGAAAGACGUACUCGUGAGAGGAGUUUGCGACUAUUGUGGGUUGUUACAUCGUUCGAAUCGCCGAUGACGGAACACGCUAUGCAAUGGCAUCCUAGAGAUGUAAAACUUUCAGAUAAUAAACAUGCAUAUUGUUGUACAAACCUC